AUGGACGCUCGCCUUGCGAACUUGGCCCGCGCCCGCGAUGUGUUGACAGAGCGUCGGCGGCAGCGCGCCGACGCCGCCGUGCUCGGGCCUGGCGCAGCAGCAGGCGCCUUGGUGCCAGCGGUCGUGGCGCCGCGGCCUCCCGAACUGACGCAAGAGACGUUCAGGCUACUGUGCGAGCCCAGGGCACCGUUCCAGACCUCUCCUUUGACUUGGGCGCUACACGUGGCUGGACGAUUGGUUUCGGUGGCGCCCGACGAUGACUUGGACGCCGACGUGCUCGCCAUUGUUCGCGAGCAGUGCGUCGACCCGUUGCCCACGAGGUGCAAGCUACAGUCAGGACAUGCGGCAGACGUGCCGCGAUGGAAAUUGAAUUCGUCUUUGCCUUUGAUUGCCUCGUGUGUAUCAGCUUGCGACCGCGUGGCGGUCCAUCGGUUUGUUGCUGCGAUCGCGAAGAUGCCAGUCUCCAAGCUCCUGUUCAUCGAUUCCGCCAGGUACGAUGAGACGCCAAUGCGGCUUACGACGAGAGAGCAGGAAGUCCGUCUUUUCUGGAGCAGAGCGCCUGGGAAGGCGAUGAUGCGAGCCCGCACAAGUACUCUUGCUAAAGAUACGACGGUUGGCAAGUUGUUUCAAACUGAGUCUCGGUGGGGCGUCCUCUUGAAGUUCGAUCUACCACCUGGGUCUUCUGAUAACCCAUACGUGAUGAUCAUCGGCGAGACUGUGAAUUGGAUCCAGAUCUUGAGCUCUACCACUGCAGAAUCCCUGUAUGCAGCACUUUUGACCACCGACGCCGUGACAGACGCCACCCACGCAUUUAGUAAUAAAGUUCGCCAUGCUACGACCGACAAGUAUGGUGCAAACUUAGUGGCGGAGGCUCGCAUGACCAAGCACCGCAACAACACGUCGCCGACUCCGUGGUUCGGCCUCCAUGAGCCAUGCGAUGCACAUAUUGUUUCUGCCGUGCACACCAAGACUUUUGCAUUGACCGAGGAUUUCAUUUCUGGCCUUAUCAACGUGAGCUUGUCGCUCGGUGGCGGUGACAACAUGCGGAGAUUCAGGAAAUGCUUGGCAGCCGAUAUAGACAAUAGGUUAUUGAUCAAAUUUGGUGAGCCGCCGCCAGACGCUGUCGAAUAUCGCAAAGUGAUCCUCUCGCUCUUCUUGGCCAGGGGACCUCGGGCAGCCGAGCGACGGGCCUUGCUAACCAAGUGCGCGCCAGGAGAUUGGAGAAACCUUGAUAACAUCGAGUUCUAUUGCGCCCACGGGUCUCAACCAAACAGGGGAGAUAUCGUUUAUUUGGUACAAGACGGGCUCCUUGUGGCGCUUGCUCACAGGUCUUACAGCACGUACCCGCGCCACAGGUGGACAGGUUGUGACAUCAGCACCGACGAGAUUGGAAUACUCGCAGCGUGUUCUGGCAUCCUUGGGAGGGUGUAUAAAGCGUUUCUCCAGACUUUUCCCAAGGCGAACAGGCCUGUCCGCGCCGCGGGCGAGGCUGGUGCAGCUGCAAUAUUGCCUCUGGCAGCGCCCGACACAGUCCCAGCCAUCAUGGACGCGGAUCGGCCAGUUCCCGCGCCCGCGGGCGAGGUCGGAGGCAACGCAGCCGAGGCCCCGACUGAGACGUGGCAGGAGGCGCAAGCCCGCCACAGGAGGUUAGGCGAGGCGUUCGUGGAGUCAGAGCCCCUCGGUCUACUCAUGAUUGCUCGGACGUGCAUGGAACCAUUGCGAAUAUUAUUAGCAGCACACUUCAGGCUGGCGAGUGACAAGUGGGAACGGCAGCAACGAGCGACCGAGGUGGCGAACUCCUUCAGCCACGCCGCUGGCGGUAAGCCGCGCGAGCACCGCAUCGCCAUUGCAGCAGAGAUGAAGCUAGAGGACGACCUCGACAUGCGCCUGCGUAGUUUGAUGUUUACGCCUGAACCGUGGGUACAUCUGCCGCGUGAGUGGCAAUCAGUUGCAGGUCGGUCUUUGAUCCUGCGGAUGCUCGCUCGCAUUGGGUGCGCAGUGGCUGAGCUUCUCCGACUGCCGCAUCGCCGUUUCCACAACCGACUCUUCAUGUUACUAUCGGACCCUACAUUGUACGACGUUUUCAAGCACGAGCCUCGUUGUGUCUUGGGCGAGUGGAGCUACGCCAUGCUUCAGCAAUGGGAUGAGGACUCCGACGGCGCCGAUGUGCUGAUGCAGCUCAGACUGCUGGCGCUUCUCAUCAAGAAGGACAUCAGCAAGAUUGAGACCAUGCACGCUACGAUACGCAGACUGCUGGUGGGCAUGAGUGUCCAGACGCAUUCUGUGGAGGGGCCAAUUCUCUGUUCGAAGUGGGUCUGUGACAAUGUGAGAAGGAGGCGCAUCGAGAAGACGAAGGGGAAGUUCGUGAAGCCAGCAGCCACAUCAAAACAAGUUACUACAGCUAGGUCGAGGGCGCCUAAAGUUAAGAAGUGCUCAGGCGGUGGUUGUCGUGCCUACGCUAGCGUGCAUCACGCGCCUGGGGGGCGACCUGACUGGGGGAGGCUAUCGGCGGAGUGCAACGCUCUGUCGCCAGAGGCAAAGGCGUACUACGUCGAGCUUGGUCGGCUGGCCACCAUUGCGGGCAGGGGCAUGUCAGCCACAAAGUCUGCCUUCGGGGUGACGUUCGGGAAGGCUCAGAAGGCUGCGCGGCGAAAGCUGAGACGUGCCGUGGCCGAUAGAGGACGCGACCAGCUCUCGGACGAGGCAUUGGUUGCCCAGCUCUCCGCCGCUGUACUCCAAGAAAGUGCUGACGGGCCUGGUGAUUUUUUCCAGUCGGUUCAGUUGGUGCAGAGCCUUGCGCGGGCAGGCGCCCGCUCGUCUGGCGAGGCGUCUGCCAGAGAGGACGCGCGGAUCGACUGCGCGCUGGCCACGUUUACCCAGGACGUGGGCAACCGCCAGGUGGCGAUGUUUAUGGCUGCCGCCCCCGAGCUGUCGACGUUUGCGGAGGCGCUCGUGGCCAUCCCGCAUUCUCCGUGCCCCCUCUUCGACUACAACCCCGACAGCGGCCUGGUCGGUGGCAAGAUUGCGGCUUGGGCGUCCCGCCACGCCACGGACUCGAACCUCUCGUCCGCUUUGCAGAGCGAUUGGACGAUGAAGACGUGGCCGAUCUCUCCAGGCCCUGCGCACUGCGGUGGCGGAGAAGACGAUGCAGCCCACCUUCGACCUUCGAAGUGCCAGCUUGCUGCCGUGUGCUUGUGUUCGGAGGAGGGUAAGAACCUGGAUAAGUUUUGCAAGAACUUGCUCACGGCCCUGAAGCCGAUGGUUAAAGCCAAGUCGGCGGCUCGCCGCACGUUGCUCGAUGGCAAGCUUGUGUGCAGACUGACGUGGACAAGGAGCGACGUCGAUGACGAUCAUGUUGCUGCUGCGCCUGUCGGGGCGCCGCCGCCUCCCCAGCGCCAGGGCGACGUGUGGAUGCACAUUGGCAUGAUGUACCUGAGCCCUUACAGGCCGUCGUGGCACCUGGUCGAGAGGCGGCGCGACGGCGAGGGCCUCGUGUACGGCCCUGGCAUCCCCAUGAAGGCGACUGGGAGGUACAACGACUUCUACUCGCCGCUUGCCGACCUUGAGCUGGACCACAGAACUUGGACACUGCGCGCGUAUCAGAUUUACGAGAGCGGCCAGCCGUGCGCACACUUCAUCCCUGCCUACUUCGAGGUCGUUGACGUCGCGGGCACCGACGAGCGCCAGUAUUGGCCGAGAUUGACGCGGAGGCGGGCUGACCGACGACCAGACGACGACCCUGCUGCCCCAGGGCAUGAUGGGGAUCAUGGUGUUGGCGGCGGGCCUGGUGACGAGCUUGGCGAUGAGCAUGGCCAGGGUGACGACGAGGACGGCGACGAACCCGACAAGGACGGGCUCCACGCCUUGGACGAC